UAUUGGAGAUAUUGGAGAUAUUGGAGACGAAACUAAAUAUGACGGUGAAGCCCGCGAACGAGUCGCAAGAACAAGGCUCUUACUCCGUUUCUGAGCUUCAGAAACCCAAGAAGGAGCUCUCGUCGCCGGGGCUGGGCGUGGAGUCCGGUGAUCUUGCCGGAAAGGUCUCGAAGGAUGAAUGGAAGUUGGAGGAGACGGAGGAGUCGCCGAAGUCGGUGGGUAAAUGGGGAAAGUACGUGCACAGCCAGAUCCUGAGGAUCAGGGAGGAGGACUCACACCUCGGCGAGGAUUUCAGUCUCGGCGUCAAAGAGAACGGCCAUCUUUCUGUUCUUCAUCAUCAUCAUCAUCAUCAUCAUCAUCAUCAUCACGAUCACGUGGAUGCGCCGAUGGACGUUGUGAUAUUCUCGAAGCCGAUCUUGCCGAACUCGCCUCUCAGCCGGAGCCGGAAGACCACCACCGUCGAUGCGUUACAUUGAAUCAAACCGAACGUGGUGCUAUCAAGGAGUAGAUGAAAGAUUUCGUUAAGCUGGUAGGAAGAGCGUGAAGUUGAUCAAAUCCAAGUCACUUUUCAGUUUUAAUCUUUCUUAUAGAGAGCGAGAGAGAGAGAGAGAGUCUUCUGUGUACAGUGAAGAAGAAGAAGCAAGGAGAAGCUUAGUGUAAACAAAAUGAUGGGCCUCGUCGAUCCUUUGCAGUAGUCUCCGUAGGCUUUAGACCAGAUGUAAUGUAAUGUAAUGAAAUGAUGUGGUUGGUUAGGCUAAAAGGAAGAUGGUCUGCGUCUACCUAUUUUCAUUCCUAUCCACAUACUGUUAACGGGGCAGUACCUGAUGUCAAAGACCUGGAAACACGGGCUCCAUGACUUCAUGGCAUAUUUGUCA